UUAUUCAUCUUUUGUGGAUUGUUUAAGUUAAUAAAUUAUUUUGUGAUCUUGUGAAGUCAUGGCUCUAGGCUGUAUUGAGCAAUAAAUGAUAGAACAAGCCAUAAUUCAAAAUAUGAAUUGAAGAAUUGGGCCUAUACUUUCACACUUGAAGUAGAGUUAGUUCAUUUACAUAGCAGUGCAUUCUUAAACAGCAGAAUCAAUAUUAUCAAGUUCAUCUUCAUUCCAAUUUUCAUCAAAUAUUUUGAGCAACUUGGUUUGUUCCAUUCGGUGUUGCAUGAAUUAAUUAUAUUGGGUCCCAUCUAAGGCAGAAUGUUCAGUAAUGUUUGUUUCUUUUAUAAUCCCAGUGGUUUUUUUUUUUUUUUGGGAAGCAAUCAUGUAAUUUUGCAUUAGAAUUAGUAAAAUUGUAGGUUUUUAUGGUUGCAUCGGUCCAUUGGCUUCCCUUUUUCUUUUGCUAUUUCAUUAGAUAGUUAUAUGGUUUGUGGCCUACAGCUCUAUUUCAAACUGCUCAUUUUGCAAUAUUAACCCAACACGUCUAUCUUGGCCUUUCUUGCAAUUGAAAGUAAAAAUAUUUUGUCAUCAAAUUGCAAUCUGCUCUUAGGUGAUCUCCAUAUACAACUAAUGGCACCAAAUUCGAAGGCUGCAAAGGCAUUCAAGACAAUGGGCAGCAUGGGUUAUUCUGGGAAAGUUGUAAAACCAGUACUAAAAAAUCUUCUAAAGUUAUAUGGCAAUAACUGGGAGUUCAUUGAAGAUGAAAACUACAGAGUUCUUAUUGAUGCAAUAAUCGAAAGCGAGGACAACAAGGUGGCGAGAGUUACAAGGGAGCAACAGAAUGCCUUGUCUGAGGGUAAACCUGAUGAAAGUGAACCACCUUUGAAGAGAUCCAAAUCAAACUCCCAAACUGAUCAACGUGCAACCUCAUGUCACGGCUCAGCUCAUAAUGACAUCGUAGCUAUUGGGGAUAUGAGGAAUAAGGUGGAAAAUCAAGCUCAUGGCAAGAAAAAUAUGGCUGAAUCCUCUUCUAAACUUCUCCAACACGAGGAUAUGAAACCCAAGGUCGUACGUCCAAAGAAUCAUCAGGAUAAAGGAAAGAACCACGGUUCUCCAAUAUCUCAUAUGGGACCAGAGCAAACAAAGGAAACUCACAUGCUUUCUAAUGAUGAAAAUGAUGAAUCUGUCUCAUCUCUGAUUUCCUCAAAGAAAAGAACAAUAACAUAUGAAACAGGCGACCAUUCAAAUUCCUAUCAAGAUCCAUACAAUGCUGUGAUUGAGAGUGUGCCAUUUGACAGCCUGCCAAACUAUAUGGUUCCUUUUUCUGUAGUUCCUCCAGAUCCUCCUAGACUCCUAUUGGAAGGUGGUUCAUGUGGAAGUUUUCCUAAUGCCAAAGAAAAUUGCUCAACUUUUUCUGAUUUGAUAGAUCUGGACGCAGAGGAAAUAUCUGAUUCCAAGGGAAAGAGUUCUGACUUGGAAGGACAUCAUUUUGAGUGCAUGGACUCUGAAAAAUUUAGAUCAGAAGAAGAGGAAAAUGGUGUACUAAAUGCGUCAAAAAUAGAUAUUGCAACUUCAUCUCAGAGGGAGGUGAAAAUUUCCCUGACAUAUAAAUCUUCCUACCAAUCACAUUUUCAAGCUCCAAGUUUAGAAUCAGUGUUGAAGCAAGUCGACGAAAAGUGUGUGAAGUCAUACAAAAUUACUCUACCUGGUUUCUCUAUGCUGAAACUGAUGAAAGAUAUGUGUGAAUGCUUUUUGGCUGCAUGUACCACCUCUAAUGGUACUGAGCAGGGAAUACCCAAAACUGUAUCUAAGGACGGCAAUCCACAAGCUAUUUCUGUGGAGGGAGUUGAUCACCAACUCACUUUCUGCAUUAAUUCAAAUAUUUUAAAUGGACUUCUCAAUUAUCGGAAUCGAACUCUUAUUGAAGUCGCAUCCCAAAUUCCACAGGGCCUUGGUCCCAUUCAUAUGGACUUACUACGCUGCCACAUGAGAAAUUUUAAUGUUGAUGGGUAUAAGGAUAAAAAGAUUGACAGGAAGAUUCUAGAACUUGAUGGUUUAGCGUCUUCUUCAGCUGGCAUGAUUAUUGUUCAAAAGCAACACUCUUCUAAUUAUGUUCAAGACAUCACUAAAGGUCAAGAAGCUUACAGGAUUCCUUUGAUAAACGAAAUAAAUGAAGAGCCGCUACCUACUUUCUACUAUAUUCAGCAUAAUGUGGUUUAUCAAAAUGCAUAUGUGAAGUUUCUCCUUGCUCGAAUGUCAGAUGACAAUUGCUGUUCAAAUUGUUUUGGUAAUUGUUUGUCUUCGGAAAUACCUUGUGCUUGUGCUGGUGAAACCGGUGGCGAGUUUGCUUACAUGCCAGGUGGUCUGGUUAAGGAAAGUUAUCUUGAAAGUUGCAUUUCAAUGAAUCACGAUCUGCAACGCCACAAUCUUUUUUAUUGCAAGGAUUGUCCACUCGAAAGGACCAAGGAUAAAAGAUUUUCGGGCAAAUGUAAGGGUCAUUUAGUAAGGAAAUUUAUAAAAGAGUGCUGGUAUAAAUGUGGUUGCAGCAUGGCAUGUGGAAAUCGUGUUGUUCAACAAGGCAUAACAGCAAGAUUGCAGGUAUUUAUGACACCCGGAGGAAAAGGUUGGGGUCUUCGAACCCUUGAAGACAUGCCUAAAGGUGCCUUUAUAUGUGAAUAUGUCGGAGAAGUGGUGACCAACACAGAGUUAUUUGAAAGAAACAUGCGAAACACUGGUGAAAAGCACACAUACCCAGUGCUUCUUGAUGCAGACUGGAGUUCUGAAGGUGUCCUGAAGGAUGAAGAGGCGCUUUGUCUGGAUGCAACAUCGUAUGGAAAUGUUGCAAGGUUUAUCAACCACAGGUGUUCCGAUGCUAACUUGAUUGAGAUCCCAGUGGAAGUGGAGACUCCGGAUCACCACUAUUACCAUCUUGCCUUUUUCACUACAAGAAAGGUUAAUGCUUUGGAAGAGUUAACUUGGGACUAUGGAAUUGACUUUGAUGAUCAUAGACAUCCUGUGAAAGCUUUUAAGUGUCACUGUGGGAGCGAAUUCUGUCGAGACCGGAAAUCCAUGAAGAGAAGAAAACUUCGUUCGUGAAUCUUUGAGGACCAAGCAAUCUUGAACGUUUCGGCUAAUAAUGUAGAAGGCUUGUGAAAAGUUCCUUAUCAUUUAUUCUACUGAAGCAAUCUUGGUACU